ACGCCUCCCACUCGUGGCGCGCGACCGACGUUUACUCAGUCGACGCUGAGCCGCCACGCGUGUUGGCUGAACUGUUCUUCACGCGUUUAAACGCGUCUUAUCCGUGCUGCACACCGUCAGCGUAUCUUCACCUCGUGUGUCCAGAGUUUGUCGUUACUUUUGUUUGUUUUUUUCCACGUCGCGCGCGCCACUCGAACCUCGAAUACUUGAAGGAGACGAGGUUUAGCCGAUCUCGCGUUCGCUCUCGUGUACCCGCGAGAACGCGCAGCGAUGCUAGAUCGUCGGAGCGACGACGAUCCAGCCGCCUCGUGCCGCGUGUGAGUGCUCGGUCUUGUUUCUCCUCACCUCCGUCUUUCUUUCUCUGUCCCUCCUCCAGUCGACGCGCGAAACAAGUGGAAAAGAAGUGCCGAGUGCCACGCGUUUAUCGUUGUACAUAAAACUGCUUUCGUCGUUUCGGUCGAUCUCCGUUUACCCUGGCCCGAUCCCCCCUCUUUCACGCCGGUUUCACUUUGCCCCGCUGCCGAUCCGUCGUUCACGCUCACCCCAGCGUUUUGGGCUCGUUUCCACCUUCGAGACCUGCGUCCCGUCGCUUCACGCCGCGUAAACGUCACCCACACGCGUCGCCGUCGUCCACCACCGGGACCCCGCGACAUGGAUUUCGUGAUACUCAAGGUGAACGGGCAAGACGUAUCGAAUUCCAGUCACGAGGAUGCGGUGCGUUGCUUUCAGUCGGCGCAGGAACCGAUCAUCGUGGAGGUCCUGCGACGGCAGCCUGGAGUGCAAGGACAGCGAGCCUGGAAGGAACAGCAAACGGAGAAAAACGAGACCGAGGAGAAGACCAGCGAGCCUAGCAAAAGGGAGCAAGGGAUCCCAGCGUCGCCGAUUUUGGUGUCGACCGCAGUGCAAACCGACUGGGCCGGCCUCCUAGAAGAAGAGGAACUGCUUCCGGAGCCUAUCGGCGUCGACGAACAGACGAACGACAGCUUCGAGGAUUUCCUUGCACACGACAUCGACUUCGAGGAAGUGACGCUACGGAAAACGGGCAGCGCGGAGAAACUGGGGCUCACGGUCUGCUACAGCUCCGGGUCCGGCAGCGAGGACGCAGACACGGAAGUUUAUAUCUCGGAAAUAGUUCCUGAAAGUCUCGCGGCGCGCGACGGCCGGCUGCGGGAAGGCGACCAAAUCCUGAGGGUAAACGGGAAAGACGUAGCCAACAAAGAGCAGACCGAGAACCUAUUCGCUGAAACGAAGAAUGCGGUGACCAUCCUUGUCAGCCGGUGUCUCUACCAGGACGACGAGUACGACGACAGGCGCACAUACCGCCAGGAGUCGCCGCCGCUGUCCCCGGACCACCUACCCUCGUACCAGAAUAGCUUGAUCGAGCAGCUGAUCCGGCAGCAGCAGCAACAGACCGACGAGCGAACCAAGGAGACGGAGGAAAACACGUCGACGCUGAAGGCGCCGCCACCGAUACCCUCCCACACGGCCCAACAGCAGCAACAACAGCAGCAGCAACAGCAACAACCUCUGCCGCUGAACGUGUUCUCCACGACGACGUCGUCGUCGACGUGUUCGUCCCAAACCUCGCAGAAAUCUAGCAGGAAUGCGUCCUCGCCGGCGCACUUGCCGGAGGAGCGCAAGCAAUGGAUGCAGGACACCCUGAAAGAUUGCACGAAGAAGAUCGAAGGGUUGUGUGUGCGGGGACAACAGUCCACUCCUGUGAAGCUAACCGAGGCGUACGCGAGCCACGUCUGGAGCGAGACGGAACACAUCUACGAGACCAUACCGGAAUCGGACAGCGAGCCGAUCUACUCGUCCCCUUACGAACAUCAGCAUUGGACGCAGGCGAACCACGGCACAGCGACCACGUCGACGACCACCGCCACAACGACCACUCAACAGAACCAAGGGAACCAGACCAGGUGGCACUCCUCCUCGAAGAGCAACAGCUCCGGAGAGGAGAAGGACAGCUCCAGCGCGUACAACACCGGGGAGUCUUGCAACAGCAACCCCCUGACACUGGAACUUCACCAAGCCGAGAGGGACCAUCAUAGAAGCACGCUGGUCCUGUGCCCGCCGAAGACACCGACAAUCUUGCAACAGCAACAGCAGCAGCAGCAGCAACAGCAGCAGCAGCAGCAACAACAACAACAACAACAACAACAACAACAACAACAACAACAGCAGCAGCAGCAGCAGCAACAGCAGCAGCAGCAGCAAAGACUCGGCUGCACCUGCCCCGCGUCUACCAACAAACAAACUGCUAUCAAGACCCAGCAGAACAGAAGAGGAUCCAGCUCGUCUCAUCAUUACAGAGACCGCGGGGAUCCCACUGCCGCGGCGCUGCCUGCAGACACCAUGUACACAAACAUGGCGAACCUCCAGCAGACGAUGCUCCUCCAGCAACAGCUGUUCAAGCAGGCGUUGAACCGGCGACACUUGACCGCUGCCGUUGGCCAGAAGGAGAAUACCGCGACCGCGAAGAAGUCAAAGUCGCACGGGAACUUCCAGGCACCGAAUCUCACGCGGUAUCAGUUCGUCGGUAGCCAACAAGUCUGCACCUCGACCAGCUGGGUCCCGCCAGAGGAUAAGGGCACGAAUGACGUGCAGAUGGAGUGGAAGGUGAAGAGACGGGCUGACGGGACCAGAUACAUCGCGAGAAGGCCCGUCAGGAAUCGGAUCCUGAGGAACCGCGCGAUCAAGAUAUCCGAGGAACGAGCCGGACACAGUACGGAAGACGACACCAUGUCCGAGAUAAAGGUGGGAAGGUACUGGACCAAGGAGGAACGCAAGAGGCAGUUGGAGCGUGCCCGCGAGCGCAAGCAAAGGCAGCAAGAGCUGAUGUUGCAGCAGCAGCAACAACAACAGCUACAGUUGCAGCAGACCAACGAGCUGCUGAAUUGCGAGCACGGAGACGAGAAAACGAAGAAGUCCUUGAACAUUCUGGAGCUGAGUCACAAGAAGAUGGCCCGAAAGAAGAAUACCUUAGAUGACUUCACGACCGUGCAAGAAAUGCUGGUCCACGGGAACAGAGUGGGCGGAGCCGGUGGGCCGGGUGCUGGAGGGAAGCUGAUGGGUUUGCUCUCGGUAACUACGGUCUGAGCGAAGACACCGGAAGAUCCGAUCAAAAUCCAAGACGCGUUUCCUCCUUCGUGGAACAAUCUCGUCAGAGUCCAAAAAGAUCUUGACGAUUGUCAGUUGUUCGUCAACAUUCGUCGAAGUCGUUUCUUCAGCUAUCUGGACCGUAUGAACUUUCUCUUCCGGGUCUUGUGCUCGGCAUUGCUUCGAGGAUGAAGCUGAACGAGAUCGUUGGAAAAUAAUUGCAACCUAUCCCGAACGAUUGUAAAUAGUUAUUAUAUAAUGACAUGUAUACAUAUGAAUGUAUGUAGAUUAUUUUACACGAGCCGAAUCCUUUUCUGUGAACGAUGAAUAGAACGAGAGUACGCCUCUGUAGAUAUGUACAAUAAAUGUAACGAUGUAUAAUCUCUGUGUAAAUAGAUCGGGAUAUCACGGCUUCUCGUUUCACUUCCUACGGACGAUCCCAGACGCUAACUACGUAAGAUAUCACGUUUUAAUCGUUGCACGCAAUUGUCCCUAGAGUUAUAUCGACGACGAGUUGAUUCUUCAAGGUUGUUGAAGGUUUUUCAUGUAUACGGGAAAAGUAAUAAGUUUAGAUGUCUAGUAGGAAAUUCCGCGGUACUGAGUAAGAUUCAAGUGACAGUUUUCUUCCAGCACUUCGGGAUCUUUUCUGCGUUCUCCGCUUAAUUCGUAGCUUCUCGUGAUACUGAUCAAUAACAUUAGAAUCGUUCUGAAUACCGCAAAUCUAAAAUUCAUUAAGGAAAACAGGUAAUCAUACUUGUCUAGAAAAGUAUUUCUACCGUUACUUCAUCGUCAUCGUUGGAUUCCUAAUACCUCAAACAUAUUCACCUAUUACUUAAGACUUUU